AUGCGUCACAAGGUGCCGCCUGAAGGACCAUUGACGCGUCGUUCAUCAUGGUUCCCGUCCCGCUCUCCUUCGUUUCGGUACUGCUCCUGCAUCAUAAAUUAUUCUCAGGCUUAUGAACGAAUCGUUGAUCCACUUUUAGCGCCGAAAUAUGAAGCGCGAACGUCGAUGCGCGGCCAUUCUUUUCCUCAAACUGAGGUAGCAGUAUUGGUAUUGUCUUAUUCCUCCCGGCAGUUCAACGUUUGGCAAUCGGUAGAAAUGGAGGUGGAAGUGGUUCAACAGCACUUGGAGACAAUCCAGAAGCAGGACGAAUCUCGGGUUAAGUGGUUGCAGGUACUGUCUUACAUUCCUCUCAUCAGCUGUCAGUCUCUAACUAGUGCAAAGGAAUUGCUUAGGGCAUACUGCAAUACUGUGGACAAGCUCAAGGAUUCAGUCACCGACGUUAAUAAUCAGAGCAUCCUCAAUUUUGCGUUAGGACGGGAAAAUGAACAGCUCAAAUCUAAGUUUGAAGAGCUUCAGCGCUCCGUAAACCGGAGCGCUUUUGUUCUGGUAUUGAUUGAUGCAGAUACUGACAGUUACGUGUUCGAGGAUAAAUACCUUCUUCGAGGCACCGAUGGCGGCCGCGAAGCUGCUCUUGCAUUGAAGUCAGAGCUGCAGCGGGAGCUUCGCAAAGAGUCGCCGGCCGUCGCCGAGCUGCCUUUUCUUCUCAAGCUCUACGCCAAUGUCGAUAAGCUCGGGGAUGUGAUGUCGCGAUGUGGGAUGUACGAGGCUUCGAAUCGGUUACGCGACUUUUGCCGCGGGUUUUGUCAGACUGGUGGGCUAAGUGAGUUUAUUGAUGUUGGUGACGGUGAUGAUCGAGCCGAUCAUCAGAUUAAAGGAGUGCUACAGCACUUCCAAGAGAAUCCUUGCUGCAAGCACAUUGUGCUUGGAAGUUGCCACGACAACGGCUAUGUCUGCCAACUCGACGUCAUAAGAUCCGAGGGCUCCUUACGUGAUCGCGUCACGCUGCUCAAGUCCUUCCAGACCGGCUGGCAGUACGGCGAUCUUCCGUUCAAAUCUAUACGUCUUCCAUCAUUGUUUAGAACACGGGCUUUCUCCGCCUCGACCCCAUUGCACGCAGCCCAGCCGGCCCCCGGGAAUGGCUUAAGGAACGGAAUAACAUUUACCGGCCCAGCGCUGUCCUAUGCGGCCCGCGCAGGUGCUUCCGAUGGCUCUACCGUCGAACCUACACCCCCUUCGCCCGUCAACACAAACAAUCGCAGCGUUAUAUUGGUAAACGCAAAGGGCGAAAGGCUGGACAGGUUCUUGAAGAAGCCACCCCAGGCCGCCUUUACGAACUUCCACGUCAAGAAGAGAGAGCUCGAAGCGACAGGCAAGCGUGGGCCUUGCAAUCUUCAUUACCUUGGCAGUGGCUGCCCUAUGAUGGCGUCAAAAUGCCAAUUCUGGCAUGAUGGCUUCGACAACGCUGAUAUUUCCUUGCUGAAAUGGUUCAUGCGAAUCCAGCCCUGCGAUGAAGGGCUUCGGUGCAGAUCCGUGUGGUGCUUUUACGGCCACUCUUGUAAUGUUUUGGCCGUUGCCGCCAUCGUCAUGCACACCGCUAUGCUCACCGUCGUUCAUCAGUCGCAGGCUAGUACCGGAUAG